CACAGAAAAAUCAGGGGGCAGCCCAUAGCCUAGGGACAGCACCGGUGUGUCGCUCUCCCGCCGGUUUGACGAAACAGACAACGACGACGCAUGUCAAACCGCCGGCGCCGCCCCGUGCACAACUCCACCAACCAGCGAGUAAAAUCGUUAAUCUUGUGCCGACCGAUCGAUCAAGAGGGAGGGAUGAACGCGGACUACGGCGCGCCCACGGAGCUGGCGGGGCCCCUGCAGCAGAGGCGGGCGCUGUACCAGCCCCGCCUCCCGCCCUGCCUCCAGGGAGCAACGGUGAGGGUGGAGUACGGCGACGCGACCGCCACCAUCGACCCCACCGGCGCGCACGCCGUCGCCCAGGCCUUCCCGCGCACCUACGGCCAGCGGCUGGUCACUUUUCUCGCGCCGGACGGCACCGCCGGGGCUGGCAAGGCCGUCGACGAGCGCCCGCCCAUCAGGGUGGGUGUGGUCUUCUCCGGGAGGCAGUCACCUGGAGGCCACAAUGUGGUCUGGGGCCUCCAUGAUGCUCUCAAGGCUUACAAUCCCCAGAGUAUUCUCUACGGAUUUAUUGGUGGGACUGAGGGGCUGUUUGCAAACAAGACAUUGGAGAUCACAGAUGAUGUUCUUGCUUCAUACAAGAACCAGGGUGGUUUCGAUUUGCUGGGCAGAAGUAUUGACCAGAUCCGCUCGAGUAAGCAAGUGAGUGCUGCUAUGACGACGUGCCAAGAUCUUAACUUGGAUGGCCUGGUCAUUGUUGGAGGAGUGACUUCCAAUUCAGAUGCUGCACAGCUUGCAGAGACCCUUGUCCAAAAGAACUGUAAGACCAAGGUCGUUGGUGUGCCUGUUUCACUGAAUGGCGAUCUCAAAAACCAGUUUGUCGAGACAACCGUUGGAUUUGAUACAGUGUGCAAGGUGAAUUCUCAGCUUAUAAGCAAUGUUUGCCUGGAUGCAAUCUCGGCUGGAAAGUACUACUAUUUUGUUCGUUUGAUGGGUCGAAAAGCGUCUCAUGUCGCCUUAGAAUGUGCGCUCCAAUCGCACCCGAACAUGCUUAUCAUGGGAGAGGAGGUGGCAUUGUCAAAACUCACACUGAUGGAAGUUAUAAACAAGAUAUGUGACGGAGUACAAGCAAGGGCAGAAUUAGGAAAACACCAUGGUGUGCUCCUUAUACCAGAGGGACUGAUAGAAAGCAUUCCAGAAAUGUAUGCACUCAUUCAGGAAAUCAGUAACCUUCACAACAAUAAUGUGCCUGUUACAGAGAUACCAACACAACUGUCUCCGUGGGCAGCGGCACUGUUCCAGUUCUUACCACCCUUCAUCAGAAGAGAGCUCCUCCUCCAUCAAGAAUCUGACAACUCUGCCCAGUUGUCCCAGAUUGACACCGAACAACUGUUAGCUCACUUGGUAGAAGCAGAAAUGAUAAAAAGAACAAAAGAAGGGAGAUACAAGGGAAAGAAGUUCAGUUCAGUCUGCCAUUUCUUUGGAUAUCAGGCUCGAGGAUCACUACCGUCAAACUUUGACUGUGACUAUGCUUAUGUUCUUGGCCAUAUCUCCCUGCAUAUGAUAGCAGCUGGUUUGACUGGCUACAUGGCAACUGUGGCUAAUCUCAAGGACCCUGUACACAAGUGGCGAUGUGCUGCUGCCCCACUAACUGCAAUGAUGAGUGUCAGGAGGCAUUUACGUGGCCCGGGGGCAAUCCCUAUAGGAAAGCCUGCCAUUCAUCCUUCUCCUAUCGACCUGAAAGGGAAGGCAUAUGAGUUGCUGCGAGAGAAAGCUUCGAGCUUUCUCCUUGAUGACUUCUACAGGACUCCUGGAGGUAUUCAAUUUGAAGGACCUGGUUCGGAUGCAAAGCCAAUCACACUGACCAUUGAAGACCAGGACUACAUGGGCGACAUCGAAAUGCUAAAACUGUAUCUCGACAAGGUGAAGACGAUCGUGAAGCCCGGUUGCUCAAGGGACACCCUCAAAGCGGCGAUAAGCUCGAUGAUCUCAGUGACACAUGUGCUGACAGUGAUGUCCCACCCUCUCAAUGCUGAGCUGCCUCUCUACCAUUUCAACUGAGCAUGAAUCACUCACUGCAUCUGAGUUACAGGAGGCUGGCUUGAGCUAUUAUGUUUUCCUCUGUGAUCCUUUUUUGAAGGACAGCGUGUGAAAGCACUGCAGUCUAUAUGCCAGCAAACGUCGAGAUAAUAGUACUAGUUAAUAAUCCUUGUGUGAGACUGGAUAUGUUUGUGAUGAGCAACCGAUAGACUCGAGCUGAAGUAAUCAGAACUUCAGGAUCA